GGAGUCACUUCCUAAAAACACAUUCCCUUACCCUUACCCUGGAGCUUGUUUGUUUGUUUGUUUGAAACUUCAUUAGUUGGUACGCAGCUGAAGUCAGAAUAAAGGAAGACCGCAGCGUCGAACCCGAGACCGCUUCAGAUAUCUGUAACUUUCACUUUUGACUGCUGAGGAGCGCCUGAACCAGAGGUGGAUUUCCUGGAUGGAAACGGAGGGUCUGCUGACCGGGACUGUGAACGGAGUCUCCGCGGACUAUGGCUCCAGGUCAGGCUCUGGCAGCAGGAGGAUGUCGUACUCUGUCUCCGGACAGUCGUGCAGUGUGGAGGGGGCCACAGGUGAGUGAGGGGGGUGUCGGCACAGAGGAAUCUGUUUUAAGGUGACUUAAAGUAUGUGUGAUGAUAUGAUAAAAGGAAUGUAUGAGAACAGGUGACUGCUGAUCCUGUUUGUGUAGUCAGUGCUGGUUUAUACUGUGAUCCUGAAACCAAAGCAGCCACACUGCUCCAUUACAGACCAAAGCCUCUUGGUGCAAACCUGAACUGGUGAAUGGGAUGUGAACAUACAUGCACAGCCUAGCAGGUUCUGCUGAACAGUGGCCCCUGACAACAAAACAUAAUCAUCAAUCUCUGCUUGCCUUGCAGCCAAACUGAGAUUUGGCCCCAAUAACACCAACAUUACCUGACCAAGGCAUCAGUCCAGCAAGCGAACAGGGAGCCUAUAACAAUCAGGUGUUGAUAUGUUCUUGGUAACUGUCCCUGAACUAAGAUUUAGGGGGCCUGCUAUUGCAGCCCAGAUGCCUUAUGACCAUCUCCAGUUUUCAAUUAAGUGUAAUUUACUGUAAACAAACAAAAAAUAAAAUAAAAGCACAUACAGUCUCCACACACCUUAAAUAGUGUGAGUAUGUAGCAGACAUUCUCCCACACCUGUGCACCGACGGCUUUCAUAUUGCACUGUUAUUACAGGUGCAUUUACAUGUGAGUAGCAUUUUGUUCGUGUUGUAACCAAUAUUAAUUUGACUUCUUCAGUUUUAAGUUAAUGCGUUGUGUUUUACAAGAUCGGAGUGAAUUGUAAAAUCUAUCUGUGUACUUUUCACAUAAAGUAUCUCAUAUGUGACAACUGAGUGCUGAGUUUUUGCCAGAGCAGCCUGACUUUGUUUUUUCAAGAGACUCCCAGUCAGUAAUGUCACAGUAAUAGCUCUAGUUCCCGAAUGAUAAUUAGUUUUAAUAAACGUGUCCUUCUACUAGCACUCUAAUUUACUGACACUAUGGGCUCAGGGGUUAGAAAUGAAAAUAAUAAGAGUGUAUUUUAUGUUGGUUUAAUUGAUUUUAACUGUACAGACGUGACAUCAAAUACAGUUAAUGUUUUUAUAUUGAGAAUCCUCAGCAUGACCUCUAACUUUGAUUAACUGUGUCUUUUAAUGAGUUUAAAACAUUAAACCUGGAAAGUUGUUUAUGAAAAUUUAGAGACUCUUGACGAUUACAUUUUGUUGUACUAUAUCAAAACACAACAUUACAUUUUACAACCCCCCUUUCCAGUGAAAUUGGUAUGCUGUGUAAACUCUUUUCCACAUAAAUUCACCUGAGAACUCCACAAAGAUAUUUAAAGUUCAAACUGAUUAACUUGUCAUCUGUAAAUAUUCCCUCAUUUUGAAUGUAAUGCUGUAACAUGUUUCUAAAAUGUUGGUUCAGGGUCAACAAAAGACUGAAAACUGAGGACUGCCCCCAAAACACCUGUUUGGAUCAUUCCACAGGUGAACUGGUUCAUUAGAAACAGGUAAGGGUCAUGAUUGGGUAUAAAAGGAACAUUACUUAAAGACUCAGUCCUUCACUAGCAAGGAUGGGACCAGGUUCACCACUUUGUCAACAACUGUGUGAGCAAAUAGUUCAACAGUUUAAGAACAAUGUUUUUAAAUGUACAACUGCAGGAAGUUAGUGAUUUGAUCAUAUACAGUGCAAAAAAAUCAUCAAAAGAUUUAGAGAAACUUCUGCGCAUAAGCUGGAAGGCCCAAAACCAACACUGACUGACCAUGACCUUUGACCCCUCAGCAAGAAUGGGAAGGAAUCCAAAAGUGAGUGUCCUCAGUUCCUAUAGGUUUAUUGAGUGAUGUAAAUGGAAAGGGGAUGAAACACAGACAGAAACAUGACCCUGAACCUGCUUUUUAGGAACGUGUUACAGCAUCAAACUCAAGAUGAGUGAAUAUUUACAGAAAACACUCAAGUUUAUCAGUAUGAACAUGAAAUAUCUCAUCUUCGUAUCUUGUCACCUGGUGUGAGUGACACCAGAGAGUGUGCAGCAAACUAGAGAAACGACCUUUUUAACUUUUUACACAACAAAUACUCACAGUGAGUGGUACAUUUCACCACUCUGAUGAUAUGGCCUGAAAAUUUCUUUUCCAUCUUAAAGAAAACCAAAACAAAUGACUCCAAACAGGUUUUCAGCCCCUGGCCGAGCAGCUUACUUCUGCGUUCACCACAGAGGUCCACUUGAUGUUCAAACACCACAUCUUCAGUGAUGCAAACUCCAUCUGGUUUGGCAUUUUGAAUUUUGUGGUACAUGUUAUAAUGACAAUAAAGAUGUUAUUCUGUUCUGUUCCUUCUACAUCAGAACGAGCUUUUCACUGUGUCAGUUUCUCAUCAGGGGUGAUGCAGUGGAAAAAUAACUCUUCUAAUUUUGUCUGUGUGUUAUUUGCUGUUUUUAUGUUCCGGUUGUUUUGUACGUUUCUUAAUGAGACUGCAGGCCUCUGUUUGAGAUGUUGCGUGAGCUUUAAGCUGUGACAGCUUUUGAACAAACUUUGCAGCAGACUGGUUUUUUGUCUGAGGUCCAAUGCCACAAAACUGAACCUGCUUCAAACAACUAAUGAGACUGUGCCCUUUUGUGUGUGUGUCUGUGUGGGAUGCAAACAAGGAGAGAGAGUUUACUUUAGGGGCCCAAGAGGAGGUUAAGCAGGGACAAUCUGUCCUAAACCACAAGUAAGAAUUAAACAAUAAUUACUGACUGCCCAGCCCUACUUAAACAUGCACAGGACAAGAUCAGCAAAAAUGUAGAAUGUAGGUUUGUCCACAAGGGGCGCCAAAUCAACGCUGCACAUCCCACCAAUCUGAUGUAAUAUCAGGUACAUUUUGACUUUUUGAUGCCCAAACUUUUUGAUGCCCAACCUCUUAAGAUAUGAUUGUGAUGGGAAGUUCAUCUAGUCCUGUAUCCACAAUCAUGUUAGCCUGUGAAGUGAAGGAAAGAGAGAGUACUGUAGGUCAGUGAUGUUACAAUCCACGUUUUAUCAACACAACACAGAGUUAUCUCUGAGAUUCUAACUGUUGCAGUCAGAACCAGGGGCACUUCAGUCAUCACACUUACAACUACUCCCCUUCUUGAAAGAUUUUUGACAGUUUCUCGUGCUGUAGUGAGUGUGGGUGGUACAGCUUACACUUGUUUGACCACUGUGUGUGUGUGUGUGUGUGUGUGUGUGUGUGUGUGUGUGUGUGUGUGUGUGUGUGUGUGUGUGUGUGUGUGUGUGUGUGUGUGUGUGUGUGUGAGCUUCAGCCGUUGUAAACCCUGCCCCGUCAGGGACACCCACAAACACCACAGCUCUGACACAUCCUGCUUUGACGCAUCAAGUCAGCAGGACUGUGUGUGUCAGUAUGAAUGUGCCCAGACCUGAGUCAUCACAUCUGUGUAAGUGUGUAACUGUGGGGUGGAAAAGUCAUUGUCAUUGAACAGAAUCAGUCAGCAGACAGGGACUAACUACCUGCUUACUGACUGCUCAGGGAGUUUGGUUUGAGAACUGAAUGUGUCCUAACAAAUCCUGAAAGUUUCUUGACUCUACUACAACAGUUUUAGCAUGGUGUAGUUCAGUGUAGACACACAGUGAAAGCUCAGGUCCAGUCCAAUAAAAUCUCCUCACCGGUCAUUAAAGUAGUUUGUGACUGUUGUGCUGGAUAUAUGAUACCAGACCAAACCACAGCUGGAGCUUUCUUCUGACAUUUACAUGAAGAGCAGGUCUAGACUCAACUCUGUAUCAUGUGGGUUGGAUAAAUGCUGACAUGUAGAGAAACAUGCUCUGAGCUGUCAGAAGACCGGAAAAGUGUAAUAAUAAAUCCACUUUUUUAAUUUAUUUCUGUUCAUAUUCAUAUUUAUGAAGACAUUUGACCUCAAUCCAGAUUACAGCUGUACUGAUCUGUACAUACCGUUCAAAUGAAAUUUCUCCACAGUAUGGUUCGGCUCAGGCUUGUGGUUCCUUGAUAAUAACUAACAUACCUAACAUACCAGGUUUUGAGCAUAGACUGUAUAUACUAUGGACAACUUGGCUCCACCUUCCGUCAUAUACAAAAUUGAAGCCUCCGUAUUUCCGGGAUUUUCUCCACUUCCUGGAUCCGCAACUUGCGCAGUAGCAUUGUAUGCAUUCAGUAGGAAGGGUCACUGUGAUGAAGCUCAGCUCAAACAGCAUAUCCCCCGGGUGAGCUACACAAUCUUCGUGCGCCCAUAGGCUGUAGAAAGUGUCAAUCAUAGAAAACAUGAAUUCCCUUGUAACUUUUAAAAAUGGAGCUGUACAGAAAAAAGAUGACUUGGGCACAAACCAGUCUUACAAUAACUACAUGUCAACAUCACAACCAGGGGGGAGAAAAAUUAAUCAUUAAUAUUCCGUGCAAUUGACUUCUAAAGUUUGUCCACAGCUCCAUAGGGAUUGCUGGAGGUAGCAGGAUGAUGAUCUAUCCUGCAGCCUGUCACCAAAGGGUGCUGUUCUCGGAGUGGCUUCACCUAGCGAGGAGGCAGACAGCGUCCAUUCUAUAUACAGUCUAUGGUUUUGAUCUACAGAUCAAUUUAAAAUGUAUUUAUAGCCGUUUAUAAGUGGAGGGUUGAUCUAAUGUAUAAGAAAGGAGGGAGAGUGUUUGUUCUGCUUUGUACUGCUCAUCUGCUGUCAUGGAAAUGCAAUCAGACCAAGAUGUAAGGCAGAAGAACUACCACGUCUGCAGUGCAAAAUGAUUAAUAUGAUGAUUAUUACUUCAAGGAAAUGGUAAAGAAAUGAUCAUAAAUGUUCUUCCUUGAGCUGCGUCACCCCGUAGCAGUCUGUAAUGGAUUGACCUGAGGUCUCGCUACAAACAAGCAGCUGCUGGAAGAGAGUAGGUGAGUUGUGUUUAGUCUCUUUGCUAAAGAAAUCAGUCAAAGUUAAAAAAAUGUUUGGUGGCUAGUGCUCUGGCUGGGACCCUAUAUGUACUGUUGAUGAAGUUAGGUGCUGUUCUGAGCAUUAUUUGUGGCUAUAGAGUGGCUCUUUGGUUGAGGUUUGUGUGUGGCUUCUCAAACCGCUGUGUAUUGCUAUCCUGCCGUCGUUACUGAAGUUGGUAUCACUAGAGAAGUAAGCAGUCAGCAACACUCAUCUCUCAAGGGAAUGUCUAACUCUGUGUUAUGGUGUGUUUGACCCUAAAUUAAUUUUACACCAGAAUAUCCCUUUAAGAGACCAGGAGGUGCUCAUGUGGUGGAUGGCAUCUUCAGCUUGUGCAAAAUACCUCUGCAUAUUUUGAAAAACUAUGAAAUGAAAGUAUGAUGACAUCCACAGAUUUCAGCCCCUGUGAUUUGGCCUCCUGUCCUCUCAGUUCUGAUUAGUACUGAUCCUGAAAUCUGAGAUUGUUGUGACAUGAUUGGCACCUUCCUAUCUUGUUUAUGUCCUGCAGUAUCACAUUAAAGUUCGACCACUGAGGUUAACUGACCCCAUACUGUCCCAGGGUCCUUCAGUCCCUCUUGAUGUUUACUAAUCCACGUCAGAUCUGAUCAGUCACUUAACAUUUCAAGCUAACCUUGUCUCUUCUUUAUGUUUUUGUUUGACAUUUCUAGCAGGUCUGUUAUUAUUUCACUCUUUAUGGUUCUGAUUCAACUCUUAGUUGUUCCCAUUCACAUAUUUUACUCUGUAGUCAUAUAUCAUUGUGUAUGUUGGUGUUUUAAGUCUUGUUGUACGGCACUUUGGUCAACAUGAGCUGUUUUUAAUGAUGUUGACUUAACUUGACUCAGCUGGAUACCGCCUGAUUUUUUUCCCUUAGUUUAGCCUCAAGAAAAAACAAAUUAUCAUCUCAGCUCCCAACCUAACCAGUUUGACAAGCAGCAACAUCUUCAGGGUGGUUUCCCAGGUCUGUUUCAGUCACUAUGGAGUGUUCUUGUUGGAGUUAUCAGCUGAGUUAAGGUGCAGAUAAGGGUUCAGAGUGGUGAGGUGACAGUGAGAAGAGCACCGGGGGGCAAUCUGUAAAAUCAGUUUCUGAGGCAAAGUUCAGAUGAUCUGUCUGUUCACACUUGUCCCACCAUCCACAGAUGAUGAAGACCUCUACAUCCAACAGGCUGUUGUGUUCAUUGAGGAUGCCAUACAGGUGAGAACAAUGACUUUCUUAUUUUAUUUUUUAUAUGGUGAAUAAAAAGUAAAAUAGAGUUCAGAAGAACAAAAGUCAGCGAUGAACAAUCAGUUCUUUCAGGCUUCUCAUAAUCAUCCUCUUUGUAAAAUUGGACUGACUCCUUCUGGAUUUGGUUUUGAAAAAGUCAACCAUAUACAGUUCUUUUGAUAAGAGAAAAUAUGUAAUUGGUUGACCACUUCUUGUUUUCCCAUAGUGAUUUCCUCCCUUUUUUCUAUCUUGUUAAACACAAUAGUCUUGAAAGGUCUCGUGUUAAUGAAGUUUGCUUGCCUUCAGUACCGCUCCAUCAACCACCGGGUGGAUGCCGGCUCACUGCGCCUGUAUCGCUGGUACUAUUCCAGGAUAUGUCAGUGGUAAGUUCACACCAAGGCAGGUGAUUAAUAAAUGAACCUGAGUUUGUGUUCAUAAGUAGUCCAAGUUUUCAUUAGGACCUAAAAUAGCAGAUGGUUUUAAAUCACCAGCAGCCGUUUUCAUGAUAAAACAUUCUCAUAUGUGACGGAGAAAAAAUAACUAUCAAAACAGCAAACCACGAAAUCUGACAUCAGUGAGGUUACAAAUUAAAAAAGGUUCAACCAAAAAUGGUACAAAAUUAUCAAUAUAACAAUGAAGAUGAAAGUUUAGUAAAUUUAUAAUAAUGUAAUGUUACCAGGAUAUUGCAUUGUAAACUGGUAGUAACAGUAAACAGUGGCUAAUUCGCAAAUUGGGAUAAUUGUAUUGACAACAAAACCCGCCCCCUACAGCUUAUGGAUAUCUGAUGUUUGUUAAAGCCAUUUUUACAGAGCUCUACAGUGUUUAUGUUGGUUUUAGAAUUCAUAUGAAGUUGCAAAAUGUGUUUUUGACUAACUUUUCUUAUUUUUAACAGAAGCUACAGGUGUAAGUCAAAUGAAGACUAUCAGUAACAAUUCAUACACCCAUACAGAAUGUCAGCAUUGUCUCAGUGACCCAUUGGUUUUCUGCUCUAGACGACGCCCACAUGUUUGUACAGUAACAGGUUUAUCCUGGACAUGUUGACAUCUUAGACAGAGGGCCUGGUCUGGAGCAGUGGCUUCUUUGUUCCCUGCAGGUUCCUUAAAACUUUCUGUGGAUAAUAUAUGAACAUAGAGCCAUUAUAAUGUUAUCCUCUCUGGUCUCCUAAUAUGCAUCUGACUAAGUGCUCUCCACAAAAACAUGUUGGCUGUAUCAGUCCUCUCAUUUCAUCCAGUUUGAGGGCUGUAAUGAAACCGUGACUGCAUUCUCUUUCAGGGGUCUGGGCCUGGUCAUUGCAGUGGUGUUGUUGCUAGCAUUUGUGGAGCGCCCGUCUUCCCUGUCCAUCUCCUCUGACCCUCGGUAUCGCUCCCAACCCUGGCAGCCUCCCUGCGGCCUCACCGAGAGCAUUGAGAUGAUCUGCCUCAUCGUCUUCACUCUCGAUCUCGCUGUAAAGGUAAACUCAGCUAACUGCAUGCUGUCAGGUCAAACAGGACUUUUAAUUAUCAUGUCCAUGUUUUUCAUAUUUCUCUCCCUCUGUUUUGUUCCCAGAGCUACCUCAUUGGCUGGGAUGAGUUCAGGAAGGGCAAGUGGCUAAUUGGUUACACAGUGGUUAUCACAGUCUCCAUCAUUGACUGGGUGCUGUCUGUCAGCAUGGUGUGUGAUGAGGUGAGGCUGUGCUCUGUCUUUUUUUUCUCAGCAUCAAAUAAAAGCUCUAAAUGUGGUAGAGUGAUCAUUAUAUAUCAAAUUAUAUUUGGCACUCUCUAUAUCAAGAGGAGUCAACUAAAUCAGUUACUUCCUGUGUUUAUUUAAAGUGUAGACUUUUCCUUCUUGUUUAGAGACUGAGAGUACGAAGACUUCUGCGUCCGUUCUUCCUGCUGCAAAACUCGUCUCUGAUGAAAAAGACACUGAAGUGCAUCAAGAGGACUCUGCCAGAGAUUGCCAGGUAUCUGAAUGAACAUUUCACACGUUUACAAAGCCUCUGUUUCAGUCCCCAGCAUAGACAAACUGAUAAAGGAAGAAAAUAAAUUCAAGUAUCAAAAUUAUUAACAAGUUAAAAGGAUUCCAAUAUAACUCCAUAUAACUGCCAGCCUUAAAUGUGCCGAAUGUUGAGACCUGAUAAGUCUCCAUUGUGGAUCUAUUUCCCCUCAGGUUCUGGGUUAGUUUAGAUCAGUUCAGCACUUUUACUUUUGGAUUUUGUUCUCAAAUGCAGCAACAAAGCCUCCUGAGUUCAUGGUACAGUUAACUGCCUUCUAUAAUGUGGUGACAGUUGCAGCUCAGGGAUGUUGUGGCACUUAAACUCAUCCUGGAUACUGGACUUACAAUAGAAUAUACCAUUAUCCUGAGUUAAAGUAGACUGUUGAAAUGCACUGUAUCUUACAAAGUACUACGAUAUUGAGAUGGCUGACCGUAUGUGUGUGUGUGUGUUUGUGUGUGUAGUGUCAUCCUCCUGCUGGCCCUCCAUCUCUGCCUCUUCACUAUGAUCGGCAUGCUGCUGUUUGCAAAAACUGAGGUAAGUUCAGGACUUUUCAGUCACACCUAGUCAAAUACACACUACUGUUGUGCUGACACUUUGCCUUGUGCACUUGUGUGUGUCUAGACACGUCCUAGACUGAGUAGUGAAGGUAACCAUUUCCUUGUGGCUUCAGGCCUGCAAUAAGAAGGGAGGAAAUGAGGUCACUCAAAUGAGCUCAAAGGGCGAGUAAUUUCAACAUACCGCAGCUUCUGCAAGACCAAACCAGGAAGUGUAACAGUUCAAAACAUGCAAAGGAGAGGGACGUCACACAAGACACUAACAAUAGAGAAGACAGGAAAGGAUGAAGGCUGCAACAGCAGUGAACAACUAAUGAUAAAGACUGUAAGGUCCCUGUACUCCUGAGAUACUAGAUUGGUUAAACAUGACAUAUGCUAAGUGAAUAAACACUAUCACCUGAUUUCAAUUGUAAAUAACACAAAUAGGCAAAACUUUUCUCCAAGAAGAAAAAAUCUAUGAAAAUCAAAACAUUUGUACUGACACACACUACAAAAUCUAUCUGAGAGUGUAUCCCUAUGACUCAUAGUGUCAGCUCAUCCUACAGCAAGUGAGCCUAGUUGUAGUUUGGACUCAUGGGGACAUUGGCAGAAACUUGAGCAUCAGUGCGAGAACAGUGAGAAAGAUUCAGAAAAGAGGGAAGAACGUGUAAAUGACAGCUGUAAAUUAUUACAUUGGCACAUUAUUAUAGUUUACAUGGGUUCAAAAACUGCACACUGCACUCAGAAAACUGGCUAAUACCACUUAUCUAAAUACCAGUUUCACUUUGUUUUUUCUUGAUGCUCUUUGACAACAAAAUAAUGAUUAAUGUGUUUGUACUGAGCCUCCAGGGAAUGCCGCUCUGCACAAACUCUUGAGGUUUUUAGAUUUAUAAUCCUAAAAGGGAGGGCAUAAUUUAUAUUGUGGAUAAUGGACUAAAUUCAAGAUCAGUUUUAUAUCCUGAAUCACUCUUCAAGUGACUCAAUCAUGUCUCUGUGGAGUUGUCAUUGCACGAGAGUGUGGAUUUGUUUUGGACAUUUUUCAACAACAAACAAAAAUUCAAGGAAAAAAAAAAAUCACAUUUUUAUCUUUUGACAAAAUGAGUUCUCAAAACAAACAUAUUACACAAACCUGAAUUUAUUUCAACAAAAUACAAAUAUAGUAUAAUUAUCAUGUGCUCUGGGUAAAAUGCCAGUGGGUUCACAUCAUUUCGAAGCAGCUAGAUACCCACAAAUCUUAGUGAUGAAAAGAAACGGCUCAGAAGAGACAAAAUAGUGUUGUACUUUUUGACACACCACGUAGGCCUUGAUAAGAGGAGAAUCAACUUUCUGUUUUUCUGUAUCAUAUGCUGAGUUUUGUAUACAGUAGAGUUUCAGUGUUUAUACCUCUAGUUCUGUUUUAGGAUCCAAAGAAGAACGGCGAAUGGGAGUUACACUUCAGAGAUAUGCCAACAUCCCUCACCUCCCUGCUGGUGCUGCUCACUACAGCCAACAACCCUGAUGGUACACAAUCAGCCACACCAUGAAGAGGAAGAGUAGUUUCAUUUUUCCGUCUGACUGAGUGUGCGUUAUUCUCUCUGUCCUCUCACAGUGAUGAUCCCCGCCUACUCACUCAACAGACUCUACGCUAUAUUCUUUGUCACCUUCAGUGUCAUUGGUAAGCCUGGAUAGGUGCAGACAGGGGAACUGUUUUAAUACUGAAAAAUGAGAACAUGUUUUCAUAUGAAGUUUUUCCUGACAGGAACCUACUGUCUGAUGAACCUGCUGACAGCCAUUAUCUACAACCAGUUCAGAGGAUACUUACUGGUGAGCUGCACACAGUCUAACAUCAAGUGGAUAGGCAUUUCAGUGGUUAUACAUCACAGUUACAGCGUCACACAAUUUAACUGGGAGACACCCAGUAUUACCCAGUUACUACCUGAGAGAGUGAUGUGGUUGUAGAUAACACAGGUAUCUGCUUUUAACCAAAAUGUUAUCCUCAGACCUUUAACAGGUCUAGACCAUCACCUCCAGUGAUGUUAUCAGCAGGUAAGAGGCUUAAACCUUGAGCAGAGCCAAACUCAUAUUCAACAGACCGACCUGCCAAGAAAGAGACAGACAGCUAAAACAAGAAGAGCAGCUCCAGAUAACACAGACUUUUGUCUCCUGUGACAGAUGUUAAUAAUAAGAGCCUGUGAUUUACUGAAAAAUAAUAACUGCUGAAAACUCCUCAUCAGUAGUUGUUCACAGCUGGAAAAGCGGGUGUGUCUACGGGAAAAUCCAAGUCUUGUCAGUGGAAAACAGUCCAAAGGACUCAUGUGACAGUUGUUUCAUUUUCCACAGCAUACACCCACAUUUUCUGACAUGGGUGUUCACUACAGAUGACUCAACUCUAGCAGCUUUAAAAAAGGCCUAACUGGUUGAAAACAGUCUUCAGGAGUAAAAUUGUUGUAAUUACCUGACCUGUAGUUAUGCUUAUGUGCAAACACAGCAGGACUCACCUGUAGGAAUCACCUGAAAAGGCACACUAGACAUGUUUGUAAUUUGUUAUUGCCAUCUGCUGGGACAUUGAAGGUGCAGAUGAUAAUUAUAACACCAGCAUACUGUCACAAAACUACUCACUCUUUUUGGAUUUCAUGUUAUGCAAAUGAAAACGUUAUAGAACUUUUAAGUAAUGGUAAUAUCCUCUGAAAGAGCCCAGCGUUACCAACAUUCACUCAGGUUGUCUAAAUAGAUACCAUUAAGCUUCAUAUGAGAAUAUUAACAUCUUAAAUCCCUCAAAGCAGAGAUAAAACACACACACACACACACACACACACACACACACACACACACACACACACACACACACACACACACACUCAUGCACACACACACACACACACACACACACACACACAUACACACACACACACACACACACACACGCACGCAUUUAGGACAUUUACUAACUUUACACUAAAGGAAUCGUUCUGCUGAUGUUCUGGUGCAGAUGUCGGUCCAAACUUCCAUCAUCAGGAGGCGGCUUGGGAUCAGAGCUGCUUUUCAAGUCCUCAGCUGUCAGGGAACUCAAGAAGCUGCUGUGUAAGAGAUUAACACACACACACACCACACAAACAAACACAGAGAACAGAGCUUCAUAUCGAAACUCUCUGAACCCACAUCAGUUUGUAUCAUUAGUUUGAUUGACUAAAACUCCUUCUUAUACUGCAGGGCUUAACCAUUAAUUACAUAAAAAAGAUUGUGUCUAGUUAUCUGAUGGUGAUCAAAUAAAACCCUGACAGGGUGAGACAAGACCCUAACCCAAAGUGGAGGUAGCUGCUUAUUACCCAGGUACUGAGUAGCUGGCAGUAAGCAGUGGCCUAAAGACGACUUCACUGAUGUAAAAAUGAGUCAUUCGCACAGAGAAAGAAAGUAGUCCCUCAGUCUGGGUUUUCUGUUAGCAGUCAGUCUGCGGGUAAAUUCAGAGCAAUAUUAAAAAUAUCCAUCAGGAUAUUUAUUAGCAGUUGGACUGUCGACAGGAUGAGGUAAAGACAGAGUGAUUUGGUUUUUCGCUCAGGUUGUUGCAAUUAUUGGAAACAUGUUUUAACUGAUUGGAAGCAUACAUCGAACACAGCCAGGUGGUUAUUAAGACAGCUGGGUUAUAAUUUAACUCUGUCAUCAUUUCUGGUCUGAAUUACAGUUUGAAACUAAAAUAAAUGUUUGGUCAGCUUUGACAUUAUGGUUUGAUUUUAAAGGAUCUCACAGAAGAAAAACAGAAAAAAUACUGUAUGAUUAAUCUGUUAGGGAGCAGGUACGUGUUGAUGCUGUGCUGGAGGUGAUGUCCAGGGUUCAAAUGAAGAGUUACUACAGAGCAGCCAUCACCAAGGUAAGAGCCAUAACACACUCACACACACAUAGACACUAUGGAGCAGAAUUUGUUCCAGAGUGCAAACACGACACGCACAUGUGUGGUUAUUUCUUAAAGUUUCAUGUACGUGUGUGUGUAUGUGUAGUUUGUAUGUAAUAAAUGCAGCUGGACUAUAAGACACACCCAUGCUCAAGUGUUUCUUUAUUUCGUUAACUCCAGGUGCGUAUUUGUUUUUAGAUAAUACUUUUUCCUCAGGAGUGUAGAGCUUAUAACUCAGCUCAGUAACUUUUCACUCUGAAGUGCAAGGUCAGGGUUCAAAUCCUGCUCCUACGGUCUUCUCCACAUUAUGAUGACACAUCUAUGCUCAAAUGUUUCUUUAUGUCAUUAACUCCAGGUGCAUAUUUGUUUUUAGAUAAUACUUUUUUACACACAUCAUCAAUAAGGAGUAAUUCUUGGAGCCUAGAAAAAAAUAUGUAAAUUUGAUUUUAAAAUGAAUGUAGUUAAUGAGAUAACAAGAACAUGUCACAGCGAUUCGUUUGAUGAACACUUUUGGUUGAUGUUUAAUUAUAGGUAAUGGGAAGUCACUUUUAAAAUAUUUCUUGCAUCCAGGUCUGGAUCACCUGGAAGCUCUAACUUUGAGCUUUCGUCCACAGUCCAAAGCGAAGUUUGCUUUGUCCUGUCACCAGUGAUCUUAUUCAUACAAAAACAUGUCAAGAAAGUGCAAAUCCUUCUUGUCCUUUUUUUUAACUGUUGACCUCAGGAGGUGCGGCAGUGUGCAGAGCUGGGCUACAUGAACCGAGAACAGUUCAGACAGAUUUUUGAUGAACUGGACAAAGAUCGCAUCAAGGAGGUAAAGCUGUGCUCUGCCUGAAAUCACAAUCAUCUCUUAUACCUGCUGUGCCAUUCCACUGAGUUUAGUGUCUGUUUUUGUGUUUGCACGUGUGUUUGUGUGUCUGCCUCUCCAGCACCCUCCUUUACCCCAGUAUAGCUCCCCAGUCCUGCAGAGAUUUCAGAGAGUUUUUAGUCACUACUAUCUGACUGUACUGGGCAACGCAGUGGCACUGGCCAAUGUCAUGUGCAUAUGUGUGAGUUACACACACACCACACACACACAUACACACACGCACGCGCACAGAUCCAUAUGAUGGUCUGAUGUGUGUUGAUAUGCUGUCUGUGUUUCAGACUGUGCUGGUGUUAAACUCUGAAAAGACCACUGCAGAGAGAGACAACUACAUCAUGGAGGUGACUCAGUCAUUAAACUUCAUUGGAUGAUCAUUUAUCGUUAUGAUUGUAAUGAUUAUUAUUAUUAAUAAUAAUAUUUUUUAUUAAAAAUAAUUAGUCAUUGUAUGAUCAUUUAUCGUUAGCGUGCCCCCUUUGAUCUUUCUCCUUCCACAGCCAUUUGGUCAAAAUUACAGUCCAUAAACACUUAUCUGUAAAAAAUGUUUUUUCUGUGGGCCUUUUUUCAUGGAUAUUGAAUUCUGAUAACCCAGGUUAACUUUUGUGGGGGGGAAAUAACCUAUGAAGUUGUGAGCUAACCUUCUUCAGACAUGAUCCAAUUCAUCUUUUCUUCUGUCCAUAUAUCAGAUCAUCAAUCUGUGCUUCAUCCUCUACUACUUGUUUGAAAUGUGUAUGAAGAUUUUCGCCUUUGGCUGGAAAGGUUAUCUGUCCUACAGGAACAACGUCUUUGACGGCAUCCUCACCGUCCUGCUUUUGGUAACAUUGCUCACACACUCUCUGUAUCUUCAUCUUAUUAGUGUUUCCUAGUGUAAUCUUUGACUCUAACAUUUAUCUGUACUCGUCUUUCCCAUCAGAUCCUUCAGAUCACUAUUUUUAUCACCUACAAGGUUCCUUACUCUCACUGGUAGGUCUUCUCACAUUUGAUUCAAACACAGUGGCCCUCAUUUAUCAAGCUUGCGUACGGCAGAAAACUUGCGUACGAAAAUUUUGACUUGAGGAUCAGCAUUUAUCAAUCUGCACAUGAGCGUACGCUACGACCAAAUCUCAAGACAGGUAUGACAUCGUGUACGCAAGUUUGAGUCAGUGUGGAUCUACGGUGCAGCAAAUGUCUGUCUCAAAAUAAUUGAUAUACAAACCUCAAACCUGUCAUUAAGCACAAUCAGAUAGAUUUCAUUAAAGAUUAAGACGUAAAUAAAAUUAAAAUAAAUUUGUUAUGUCCUUGGUGAAUAGGCCUAUUUGAUAACUCUGCCCAGAAACACUGCCACAGAGCAGGAGCGCUGUUUUAACAUUGCGCACACAUGCGCCACUGUGGAGCUCUGCGUUUGACUCCUAAAAGGCAGGUGUCUCUGUCUUGGCUGAGCAGCGGGGACGUUGUUGUACACUCCUGAAAGGGUGUGGGACAUCAUUUGGGCUGAUACAGUUUUGCACAAUGUUGCACUGGCCGUUGGCUGUGCCGUUGGCUGUGCCGGUGCAACAUAAGGACCCGAUGUCCGGAGAACAAUAAUGAGGGGAGACUCCACAAUGGUGCUGUACAGAGGAGACAGGACCUUAUCCAUGGAUUCUGACAUGUAAAGUAUAAGUUUAGAAAGUGCUCUUGCUAUUUAAUCAGUGAUAAAUAUCCAAUAGAAAUCCAUAAAAAUGUGCCUCAGGGGCAGCAACACACCAUUUGGUGACGUUAAUAAUUACUUUUGUUCAGCCUCUGUCAGACUCUCCAGUCUGCUCUACAUUACAAAGAUGUAACAAAUUAAAACUAAAUACUUUCAAUAAUAGGUGCAACGUACCAUAUGUCAUGGAAAUAAAAAAUAUAUGAGGCAUGUAUGAGAUCUUAUUGACUGAUGAUUUAUUCAAACUUCAGCCACUGUACACUAUUCCUCGGCAGCGCUGUUGACCGCCACCAUAAUUCUGCUCCAGACAGGAGUUUUCUGGACUGAUUUUAUACCAGUUUUGAUGCUUCCAAAGAGAAAAUCCUUGUUAUUUUCCAACACAGAUAUGAGGAUAUCCACUUUCAGCUCAGAAAAGUUUCGAAUCUUUGUAAUAUUUCUCCUCUUUCAUGUUUGACCUCAGUGGGCGAGGCUUCUGAACCACGAAUAUAUAAGGGCGUAAACAUGUUAGUGACGAUCGAUUUUAGCCGCCGCAUUUAUCAAGACCUGAUCAUACGUACGCUGGGAUUGGUCAGAUACGAACCCUUUCAUAAAUCUCACGUGUGUCCUAUCAUACAAGCUGCACAAGCUUGAUAAAUGAGGGCCAAUGAAUUUGCUGGAAACUGGAAGAUAAGUUUACAUGGAAAUAAAUGUUAAAGACUAAAAAGAGACAAUAGCAAUGAAGUAAUAAAGUUUAUACUAAACUAAAAAGACCUACCAUCAGACUGUUGGAGCAGGCUGACUGACACUGGGGCAGAAAUGUCAAACACCAACUCUUUCAACUGUGCAGCAGUUUCUGAUGUUUGUUGGCAUGUGUUUUGUUCGUAGGGACCCGGCCACUCAUAGCGUGUUGUCUCUCUGGGAGAUGAUCCGUCUCGUCAACAUGCUGAUCGUCUUCCGCUUCCUCCGCAUCAUCCCAGAUAUCAAGGUAAGGAGAGGUGUUACAUACACAGGAUCACAGCCUGGAGGGUUGAUGUAGUGGAAGCAAGAGUCAUUACUCCUCAAACUUCAAAUUAUGCCUCAUAAUCUGCUUGUUAGCCUGUUUCUGAGCUUGAGAGUGAAGUAAUCAUUCAGGGGAAUAAUCAGCCACAUAUACGAUUUAGACCUGUUUUCUACACAGCACUACAUUUACUGACAGCCUGUUCCAAAAUCAGUGAAACACAAACAUCUUUUUUGUUCUGCAGCUUAUGGCUUUGGUUGCAAGCACAUGUUUGGACCUGGUGAAGAACCUGCGAGCCUUUGCAGGGGUCCUUGUGGUGAGUGACGCCAGCUUGAUUAAAAUAAUCAACUUCUGCUUUAUUUGCUUUUAAAUAAGAUGUUUGAUGGUUUUGCAAACUGUGGACCUUGAGUUAUGAACCUCGGUACAUGACUGCUUGAAACAAAAGAGCACAACAUGAAAAUUCAUGAGCUGACUAUUUUAGCCAACUUUUAAAUGUUUAGAGAUUGUGUUUUGUGAGAGAUUUUGAUUUACAAAACAGUCGACAUAUAAGGGAGCUAAGAGGCUGAUGUGUUCAUACUCCCCCUGCAGGUGGUGUACUAUGUGUAUGCUGUAUUUGGGAUCUGGUUGUUUGAAGGAGCCAUCAAACCUCCUCCACAAACAAGGUAGGAAUCUUAAACUGACUGCUCAUCAGAAUCUUUAGGACUCUUGACUUGAACCAGAGCAUUGUCUGUGUACAGACUUAAAAGAAGGAAUCAGAUGGAUUUACUGAUAAACAUAGAGUAAAAAUUGUCUUAUUGUUUUAAUUAUUAGAUCGGAAUUUAAUAACCUGGUAGUGUGACAACACUGAGUUUACCUGUGUUGGAGUGCUGACUUGUUUCCAAAAAGUUACUGAUGAAUUGCCCAAAUUUGGCCUCAAAUAUUGGGAACUUGACUUAGAGUAAAGUAAUAGUGGGUUUAUUCUCUCCAGUGAGUUGGUCUUGAACACUAAAGACUCAACACCUUGACUCAGAGUCAAGCUCAGGUGAUUUAACUGACACAAACACAACUGUCUAUGUGUGUUUUAGUGAACUCUCCAACUCCACCAUGGAGGACAUCACCUCUAACUUCAGCAUGGCAUGUGGGACCUAUGAACAGCUGGAGUACUGGCCGAACAACUUUGACGACUUUGGGGUGGGUAACAAAAACAGUCAGAGCUUCAUGUGUUGCGUGUCUGUUAUCUUAAAUUCCCAUGUCUCUUCCUUCUUCACUCUCCCCCACUUUCUCUCUCUCUUCCUGUGUCUCAGGCUUCAAUCAUGUUACUGUAUGAUGUCAUGGUGGUCAACAACUGGCAGGCUUUCGUGGAUGCAUACAGCAGAUACACCACAGAGUAAGAAAAGCUUUAUGGGCCUUCAAAUGUGCGGUAGAUAAGGAUGAUGAUGAUGAUUAUGAUAAAGAUGAUAAUGAUGACGAUAAUGACAAUGACAAAGACGAUGAUGAUGAUGACAAAGACAAUGAAGAUGAUAAUGGUAAUGAUGUUGAUUAUGAUAAUGACAGAUACAAAGUGACCAUGACCUGGAUGAAUGAGAAUCUACACCGACAGAUAGGAAGACAAUGAUGAAGAUAAAAAUGAUGAUAAAAAAUGAUGUUAAUGAUGACAAUAACAAAUACGAUGAUGAUGAUGAUGAUGAUGAUGAUGAUGAUGAUGAUGAUGAUGAUGAUAAAAAUCAUGAUAAAAAAAUGAUGAUGUUGAUAAUGACAAUGACAAAGACAAUGACAAUGACAAAGACGAUGAUGACGAAGUUGGAGAUGAUGAUGAUGUUGAUGACAAAAACAAAGACAAUGACAAAAAGGCAAUGAAGAUGAUGAUUAUGUUGAUGACGAUGAUGACAAUGACAAAUACAAUGACGAUUUUGAUGAUAAAUAUGAUGACAAAAAAUAAUGAUAAUGAUAAUGAUACUGAUAAUGAUGAUUUGUUUCCUUAGCUGGGCCAAGGUCUAUUUUGUGUGUUGGUGGCUCACCUCUUCAGUCAUGUGGGUCAACUUGUUUGUGGCGCUCAUCUUAGAGGUCAGUUCACUCAUACAUCGCAGACUAAAACACGCCCUUGUGAAAUGCAUGUAAAGUGAUUAGAAACUUUUCUAAACUCUAGAGUUAUUUCUUCUUUAACUCCGUUACAUUUGCUGAAUAUUUUCUGUUUCGUGUUUUUGAGCAGAACUUCAUCUAUAGGUGGGACCGCAGUCACAGUUGCUCUGUCACUGAAGUGGAGAGGAUCAGAUAUCAGACCUCUGUUCAGCUCAUGUUCAGGUCAGUAAACUCCUGCUUGAUUGUGUAUCAUUUAACAGAAAGCAAAAUGUCUCAUGACCAACAUUUUUACAUCCAUUCUGCUUUUCUUUUUUCUGUACAGAGAGCAGAUCCAGGAGCCCACCGAGGAAGAACUUAUCUGUCAACUUCACCAACACCCACACCUACACCUGCACUGGUGAUACACAAAAGCACAGAAACUCAGAGGCAGAGCUGUCACUACUCAAUGUGUCUGCUGUAUGAGACAAGCACUGAGAGGUCAAUAUAAGAGGGAUCUAUUUAUAGUUUGUUUGGAUUUUUUUUAUCGCUAUUUCUUUGUGCCACCACUGAAAUCAGUACAGAGCAUAUUUUUUACACUGUUUUUAGAAGUUUUUAUCAUAGGGAAAUCAAUACUUACAAACUUCUGUGUUUAAACAUAACUCCUGUUGGAUUCAAAGAUUAAGGUCAAAUUUUACUGUUUUUUAAACAUAGCUGGGACACUCUUCUCUGUCUUACUUGUCACUAAAACUUAUUUGAUUUGAUAUUAAUUUUUCUCUGAAAUUUUUGGUUCUCCUUGCUUUAAAUAGACCAUAAAUUCAAGUAUUUGGUUAAGGAUUACUGCUCUAAAAUGAGAAUAAUAUAUAUGGUUGUUGUUUUCAAAUAUAUAUGCUGGAUUCAGCUGUUCCAGCGCUGAAACCAUAAAAGAAAACAGUGAAACCAAAAAGUUGAGCAGCUUCAACAGCAGACCUUUGUUAUGAGAACAACCGGGAGGCUCUUCUCUUUGCUUUUGCUGCACCUCACAGGAGACAUCUGCUGUUUUAAUCACAGUGGAGUCUGUGGUUCCACAAAAAGAUCGAACAUUAUUUAGGGAAAAACUUGCUGCUUGCUUUGCAAAGGCCUUUUGGUGUGGAAACAGGGAAUCCAGAGCUGAAUAUUUUUAUCAUUGAUGUCUUUUGGUUGUCCGGAUUUGAGCGUAUCCUGAUCUCAUAACUUUGAAAAAACACGCACAGGGCACCAGAGUGCUUACAAUUGAUUUCACUUCACAAGUAUUAGACUUCUUAUAUUGCUGCCCCUCCCUCCUCUAUCUUAGAGCAUCAUAACAGUAACGGAUGAUGAAUUUCAGCAUAUGAGUUCACACAGUUUGAAUACACAAAACUAAAGGAAGCAGAUUCAGUAGCAGUCACUCACUGUGUGAGGACACUUUGAAUGGUGCCUUAUUUAUUAUUCUUUUCUGUGAACAGCUGGGGGGUACGGCUGCUUGUUGUUCCUCCAUCAGUGUUGAUGGAUGGAGCUUCCCCUGCUGUUCACUGUAAUGAGCUUAUGAAUGGAUUAAAUGUGAAAGCUGUGUUGUUAUCUCCCAUCAGUGUCCAAAGUUUUGCCAUAGCUAGGUGUCAGUGUUUAAUCAUGAAACCUGUCACUGCUACAGAUACUCAAACUAAAUGUUGUGUACCAGGACCCAAGCCUUCAAAGGGAACACACUGCGCAUAUUUUUAACAAACAAAAACAAGGGAAUCAUUUUUAUUUACUUAUCAGCCUUUAAAGAGUCUCUGCACACUCUCUCUCAAAGAUGUGGCACAGAUUUUUUUUCUCAGUUUUUAUAGAUGUACAGCAAUGUUAUUACAGGAUCAUGAACACAGUAAACAAUGUUAUUGUAACAAGGUAAUAAGAUUGGGGACAUCAGAAAUUUUGAAUUUCUGGCAGUGGGAUGAAGCUUUUUUUGUCAGCCUGUAUUUUGUGAACUAUUUGUAAAAAUAUCCCAAAGAUUUUUAAUAAAUAUUUUGUAAAAUAUUUUUAAAAGUAAGUAAAAGACUUGUUUUAUGUUUUAGCUGAUUUUGAGUAUAUGUUGAGUUUGUCUGAAAUUUUAAUUCAUAAAUUAAAAAGCUGAAAUUUUAGGUCAUUCAUUUGCUGCACUGUGAAUUUACUGUAAAUUGACCUCCAGAUUGAGGUCAAAAGUCAUAGAGCAACACCUUGGAAGGAUAAGAGGUACAGUAUUUUAUAUGGCCUCCUCUCAUAGAUGGGUUGUGAACGUCUGGGAGACAUGGACAGGAUCCAAGUGUUUUCAUACUGACCCAUCGUGCUUUAAUGGGGUAGAUUUGAGACAUGAAAAUAUUUUGUCAAAACCAAAAUUAUGCAGCAUUGAUCCUGCGCUCAUGAUGUUCAGUGUGUGCAGCAUGCAGAGCGGGUGAAAGUAAAUGUAUAACUAAUUUCCAUGGCUAAAUAUGUUUUUUCAUGGCCCUAUUUAUUAAACUUAUUUGCUGUAUUUUUGGUCACAAGGACAGGGUUUUUUCACAUUUCAGAAGUGUGCGUGUCCAAAUCUGGUCUUAAAUUUAUGAUGCAGCAGAAUAGGGUUGAAGAUAUGUAUAUCCAGUGUCCUCAGGGAGACUGUGAAAAAAGAGGGUAAAUGAUCCAGCCAAGGUUCAGUCUAAUUACACACAUGGGCUGAAAAAAUACCCUAACACUAGCAAAAAACCCCAGCCUGCUAGCACAGGUGGCUCAGGAAGAGACUCAGAUUGUUUUUCUCCAUGUAUGAAUUAUAUUUAAGGUUUGUUAAUUAAAUUUUUCUGGCUUAGUGGUCAUCCUUCUCAAUCUCUGUGCUAUGACUUGUUAGGGCCUUUGGGUGGGACAAUGCACACAAAGUCCUCAAAAAGGGGCCAAAGGAUGUCUAUGCAGGCUGUAGACAAACUAAAACAUUAUCAGAGGACUUUUGUGUGCCCCAAAAUAUGGCAGCCGAUUGGCCCUGGAAAUUUUACUGUACAAAAUAACAUUUGUAAUGGAUUAAAAACACUCAAUUAAAUACAAAUUAUCAGACAUCUCUUGGUAAUACUAAUACUGUGCAAACUCUAGAUGCUGUCCAUUAUAAAUAAACUUAACAGUUUUUCCAGGAACAACAACAACCACACGAUGGCGACGAUGGACCAUGACUGUGACUCUCCGGCUGCCUCUGUGCAGGCUGCAGAGUCUGUUUUGUCUCAGGGAAUAGUGAGUGGGUGAGAAAUAGUUGGAGCACUGUGUGUCGUGGUGUGGUGAUGAUCCUCUCCCCCACCACGCCCACUAAAACACUACAACCUGCACCACAAAGCUGAAACCGGCCCUUCUGGUUUGGGCACAGCCACCUCCCUGCUCACGGGCCAAAUAAAGGAGUGUGUGGUCCUGACACUUUGGUACUUUUCCACAGACACAUGGACACCAAAUCAAUCUCAUACCUUCUCAUCUGAUAAUGUGCAAAUGACAGAGGGACCUAAAGGUGUGACAGCAAUCAUUAGCAUAGAAAAUGCGUCCCUUUUGUGCGUUAGAGCUAAGUGAAGCUAACAAGUCCCUGUUUGAAGAAGUCCCAGUAUUAAAAAUGACUUGAAUCUGGAAUUGAGCUUUAUCAUUUAGCUUUAUCAUCAUCAUUUAGAGUACAGUCAAGUCAAAAAAAUCCACACAGGUAAACCUUUCCACCUGAGAUCAAAGACCUGUAAGAAGAUAUCAACACUUUGGUAUCUCCCAAAAAAGGUAAUUUGAAACCAUGAGGAAGAUAAAGAAACGUGGCUCCACUCUGAUGAAGCAGAUGUUGAGCUACACUUCACCUGAAAAGGUCCUCCAUGAACCUCCCACAGUUUUGGCCUUCAAUAUAUUCUUUGAGGCCCUGCUGUCUGCUUCAGAGGACAUUUGACACAUGGUUAAACCACAAAGCCAAACCAAUACCCCCAAACACAAAAGACUUAGUCUGGUUUAGGUGAGAAAGGGAGGCUGGGGAGUGUGUGCAGAAAGAGCAGGGAGUCAUCACUAACAGGGAAAAACAUGAACCUUUCCAUAAUACAGCUGGUCUAACCUAUCAUUCAGCCUCCUCAAGCCUCCCUUGUUUUUGUUUGUUUUUUUUUGCUCCAGACUGAUGUUCCUCUCUGUUCAGCCGGACAAUACUGAGCCCCAAAAUGCAUGUAGGCUCUUGUCCUUCUGUCUCUCUCCCUUGGCUUUUCAAACACCCUCCUCCUCCCGCUCCUUCAUGCUCUAAUAUAAAGACAGCAAGAAUGUUUGCGCUUAGUUUACUCCGUAGGACAAAAGGGGUGCAACGUGGCAGAAUAAACAAAAAAACUGCAAACUCUACAAAAUGAGUCAUCAUCACCCUGACCUCUCACUUGAUUGAAAUUUUAUUGACUUUAAAAUGCUAUAUUCAAACAUUGGCUCCACUCGUCUUUAUACAGACAUUUCAUCAGGAAGCUGUCAGUAAACAGUACGAGUAAAAAAUUCAGCAACCAGCGUUUAGUUCUGCAGCUUACAUCAGUAAAGUCAGGAGACUUUUAGGGCUGCAUUUGUGUCAAAGGAGUGUCUCUGCAAUUCUUUUUACAUAUUUAUUGCAUCAGUUGGUACCUCCAAAAAAUGUUUGUCACAAAAAACUGGAAACACAACAGAGUUAUCACUACCUCAAAAUGAACUUUCAGUUAUGCCAGCUGUCCUGCAAAUAAUGUGUUGAUCUAUUUAUGAAUGUAAUUUCACUCUGGUUUUUCCGUCAGUUCCUUAACUUGCUUUAAAUUAUCAGAUGUCAGUUCUCAUCAUGUAUCACAUCCCAUCAAUGGACAUCGGACUACAGGUUUCAGUUCUUUAGCUAGUGCUCCUGCAAUGAGGGUCCAGAAACACCAGAAUGGUUCUAAGGCCCCCAUGACUGACAGGCCCUAUAGACAUAAACUGGAGGGGUCCAAUGCAAUAUAUUUUUCAUGGGGCCUAAAAUCCCGGACUGUAACCCUUGUUUAAACAAUUAGUUUGUGCUGCUGCUGGUGAAGCUUAUUAAUGCUUAUUACAGGGCCUUAAUAUAAAGUGUCAUACCAAAAACUAAAACUACACUGAAACUUAUUAUAAUCAAACUAAAGUAAUUAAAACUAAACCUAAACACAAAUUUUAACCAAAAACAAACAAACAAAACUAAACAAACUUCCAAACCUAAAAUUAGAUUUAACAAAAAAAUUUAUGCAGUGUAGUUUGGCAGUUAAUUGUAUAAAAGAGCAUAAAUAAGAUCUGGUGGAUGUUCUCCUUAUAAAAAGGAUUUGUAUUUAUAAUGACAUAUGUUUGUUUAUGUUUGUUCACUAGCAAAUUAGUGACAGUACAUCUCAGGCAAUCUUAUGGAGUACUGUAAAAGUUCAGUCACUAGUAAUGUAAGAAGUUAAUUUUAGCAGUGAGUAACUAAUGUUGUAUGCUUCUGAAAUUGAACACAACACAUUCCUUUUAUUGGGCAAGUGACCCAACACUGGUCCUGACAUGCUUACAAACACAACCGCAGAGAGAGAGAGAGAGAGAAAGAGAGACUUAGAGAGAGAGAGAAAGGAUUAAGUCUCUGUUUGCGAACAGUAACUUUGCCUCCAGGCCCUGAGUUAUUAAGUGGGUUCAUGCAGGAAAACGAAAACCAAACAAUCAUGGUGAUGUGGCGUUUGGAGAAGCAGAAGCUGCCGCAAGAGGUGACUUAAUGUCAUGAUAUCUCAACCCUGAUCAUUUUGUCUGAUGUAUGUGAAAACACACACACACACACACACACACACACACACACACACACACACACACACACACACACACACACACACACACACACACACACACACACAUUAUGUUGUAUCCCAUCACUGCACUCCUCUUCUGUCUAUCUUCGUAAGACUGUGAGAAAAUGUCCCUAAUCUCCACCGGCUGCAGAGGGGGUCCAAACUAACAGCCUGUUUUAAUUUCAGCCUUGUCAUGACAGGAAGUGUGUGUGUGGGUGUGUGUGCGUAUGUGUAUGCGUGCGUACGUGCAUGUGUGUGUGUGUUCGGAGGAAUGGGGGGACAACAGGAAGUGGAGAGGAUGGUGCAUGGGAAACAGUUAAUGGAGUUAUUUUUGCUGGGGACACUGGUGUGAGGAGGGCUGCUUGACCUCGGUCCUGUUCACACUGAUGCUUAAUCUGGAAACAAGGGCUAAUCUUAGUGUUCGCAGUCAUCUGUCACUGAACGGCCACUGGAAACUAAUAAUAAAGCAAGAUGGAGACAAAAUUAGAAUUCAAAGUAAGACAUCUGGAGUAGGAGUUGUUGAUGUUAGAUUUCACAUACAUGCUGGACUCACAACAGCUCUAUAUUUAAUUGGUUCACAGGAACUGAGAUGCAUUUGAAUAAACUAUCCCAUGCACAAGUUUACUUUCCGCUUUUAAUGUUUUGGCUUUAUUCUACACAAUGCACAGCGGGGCCAAAGGGGAAACUGCAUAGACCAGAUGACAGCUCAUGUUCGUGACACUUCUGCAGAGUCACUGCAGUCUGGUAUCAGUGUCAAAAAUAAGGAAGAUGGGAGCACUGUUCAUGUGUUCUGCAUGGCCGGAGCAGAAGUUCAGCAUGGACAAUGAAAAGAGCCUUUCUUCCUCCUCUGUUACUGCUCAGACACAUUUUCCAUACAUCUAGUAUUUUUUUUUCUCUCAUCAUGUUAAUAUCUGUAUUAUUGUGUUGAGUAUGAGCUCUGUAUUAGAAUCCCAAAAUGUAAGCUAAACUAUUUCAAAAACUUCUUUUGGCUCACUUCCUUCAGAAUCUAGAUAUGGCCUCUGCAGUAAUAGAACUGUGAUAGUUGUCUCCUUGUACCGUAUUAUGCAGAUGGCAUUUGGCAGUGUAAUUCUGAGAGCUCCCUGUCCUUCCGCAAAAUUACAUGAAGAGUAGGGAGAGUGUGCACCUCCUUUCUGUUUCAUGUGCGUACAUGAAAAGCCAAGAUAAGAAGAGCAGGAAUCAGCAACCAUACCUGUGACGCUGAUACCAUCAGUAACAUCAUAAAAAAAGAUGAGCUGGGCUUUAGGUGGGUUGCAAAGUAGUUGCUAAGAAAUUAAGCAGCAAUUUAGUCUAAAUAGAGCACUCAUCCUGUCAAAGUUAAUCAGCUGGUGUGAGAUCCGCACACCUUGGGUUGAGAUUGACUUUCACGGCCUGCCUUAACUAACAGCACAUAUUGGUUUCCUCUGGUUUGAUGUGGGUCAUUGUUUUUUAAAAUGUUGUUUUUUAUCAGCACUAAUGUGGAUGUGGUUUAGUGUGCGCACACACAAUUCCCCUUAAAGUAAGGAUUUUAGUCAUAUUUGGUUAUACAAUUACACCCAAAAAUCCCUGAGGUGCCAUUAAAGUGUAUCAUAUCAUUUCGUAUUGUAUAGCACAAUACCAUAUCGUAUUGCAUCGUAUCGUAUCGUAUCAUAUCGUAUUCUCUGGUACUUAAAUAGAGAAAUUCAGGGAUGGUUCUGCUUUGUUAAAGACCUUCAAUGUUUAAGUUAUUUAAAAACCAAGUCACAUCUUUGCAGCUUCAUGCCCUGGACAGUUAAAUGUGGUCUUGAAUCAAAUCCUGAAGAACUGGCUGUAGGUAUGAAUGUCAGGACACUGAGCCCUUGGUUGUGGUUUAAGUGGUUUGUUUGAGUAAACAAAGUGACAGAGGUGAAAGAGGUAAUGUCCUGUUUCCUUGUUUAAUUGUAACUUUUCCAUCAGUGAACCUGCCAAUUAUCCCGAGGUGACAUCCAGCCUGAGGACGCUGGAGGACCAUGGGUAAACACAUGUUGGAGGAGGCAGCAAGUUCAGUUUGUUUAUUGGGAGAAAUAAACACUGACAGUGACAGUGAGUGCAGUUUCCUUACCUCACAUGGCCCAAACUUUACAACACCCCUCCUCAAAUAUCACUCUUUAUAUCUCCUGAAUUUGCUUCUUUGUUGGAAAAACUGCUUUCAUGUACUUGGAGGAUUUGACUGCAAACUAGCAUGCUCACUUUAAAUGUUCAUUACCGACUCCUAAGCUAAAAAGGAAAACUUGAGACUGUGGACAGGAUCAGACUGAGCCCCACCCUGUAAGAUCAGACCCACUUCCAUCCCAUCUUCAACC